CACUGCUUGCCUGCCGCGGCUGUAACCAGAUUGGCUCUUCAACACCCAAACACAUGCAUACUGCCUGUCGUAGUUAUGUUCUCUGGUGUAUGUUUUUUGGGAAGGACCUGGUGGCAAAUGGCUGCAGAGAGCAGGGUGGCAGUGAACUUCCCAAAGAGGCUGUGAUGCCACACUUGGUUUUUUCCUGCUAGCUGUUAGCAGGCAGUGCUCGGAGCCAGGUGCUGCUGCCUGCCACGGGGCCUGCGCACCCUCAUCCCACAAACAGAGCAUUCAGCGGGGGUCUGUCGGGGGUGUCUGAUCCCAGCUUCUGCCUCCCCCCCUGCUUGGAACCCCCCGUGUUGCCCCAAGCCCCCCCACCCUGAGAGGCCACUGUGCCCAGCACCCGGAACCAGCGACUCUGUGACAUCAGCCCUGGGGCCAAGGGUACCGCGGGCAACGUGAGCGCUGCGAGCAUUACGUCGGCUGCUGCGCUGGUGGCGACGAGCCCUCGGUUCUUGCAGCUGCCACGUGCCGCUGGCAGCGAUGGAUUUGCUCCCUCUCCUCGUCCUGCUGGCCGUGUGCUCGCCUGCACAUGGCACGUGGGACAACUGUGGAGGGACCUGCGGGCUCCGGCCCAUGGCUUCUUACUACGGCAUGUCGCGCGUCGUGGGUGGCACAGAUGCCCAGCCAGCCUGGCCCUGGAUCGUCAGCAUCCAGGAUCCCUGGAAAAUAGGCACGGGGCAUAUAUGCGGAGGGUCCCUCAUCAGUGCACAGUGGGUCCUCACAGCAGCCCACUGCUUCAUUCAGGCCAGGUAAGGAGGACCAGGGAAUGGGGAUAUCCCCACCACACUAGCAGGUGCCCUGGCCGCAGCACCACCUGGCCCUGAGGCCCAAGUGCGCAACAUCAGGCGGCUACUGGUUCACGAACACUAUAGUAAUAUCUCGGAGAGGAAUGACAUUGCGUUGCUGGAAUUGGACCAGCCUGUCCAGUGCAGCUACUACAUACAGCUUGCCUGUGUGCCCGACGCCUCGCUGAGAGUGUCAGAGCUGACAACCUGCUACAUCAGCGGCUGGGGUUCCACAGCUGCAAGAUCUGGAGGAUCAACUGAUGUCCUGCAGGAGGCCAAGGUCCACCUCAUUGAUGUCAACCUCUGUAACAGCAGCCGGUGGUACAGAGGGGCCAUCCACACCCACAACCUGUGUGCUGGCUAUCCGCAGGGUGGCAUCGACACCUGCCAGGGUGACAGCGGCGGUCCUCUCGUGUGCAAAGAUAACACCUACGACUACUUCUGGCUUGUUGGAGUGACCAGCUGGGGGAAGGGCUGUGCGAGAGCAAAACAGCCUGGAGUCUACACCUCCACUCAGCACUUUUACGACUGGAUCCUGGUACAGAUGGGACUGCGCCCAGCAGUAAGGGCUUCUCCAACAUCACGGGCAUGGAGUCAUUUUCUCACCACCUCAACCCCCUUUCAGAGGCCAACACAAUCGGGCAGGUUUAGCUCCUGCCCAUUUCCACGCCAGAAGCUGGUGGAAUUCUUUACUCGCCUGCAGGAGCUCCUGCAGGUCCUAAGGGGAAAAAAGCGCUGUACCCCGUGCUGCGUGCGCGUACCGGCGGGCCGCGGGGCCUCCCCGGGCGGCAGCGCCAUGGGGCCGCGGGGUCGGGGCCUGCCGUGGGCCCUGGUGCUGCUGGCCUUGCGCGGAGCGGCCGGCGCCCCCCCCAGCUUCGUCCUGUUGCUGGCGGACGACUUGGGCUUCGGGGACCUGGGGAGCUACGGGCACCCGUCUUCUGCCACGCCCAACCUGGACCGGAUGGCUUCCCGAGGGCUGCGGUUCACCAACUUCUACAGCAGCUCCCCAGUGUGCAGCCCAUCCCGGGCAGCCCUGCUGACAGGCCGGUUCCAGAUGCGCUCUGGGGUUUACCCUGGUGUGUUCAACCCAGACUCACGGGGAGGCCUGCCGCUGUCUGAGGUCACGAUUGCAGAGGUGCUGAAGGCUGAAGGCUAUGCCACAGCCGUGGUUGGCAAGUGGCACCUUGGCCUGGGGAUUAAUGGCUCCUUCCUGCCGAUCCACCAGGGCUUUGACCACUUCUUGGGGGUGCCCUACUCCCAUGACCAGGGCCCCUGCCAGAAUCUCACCUGCUUCCCACCCGACAUCAAGUGUUUUGGCACUUGUGACCAAGGCUUAGUGCCAGUCCCGCUGCUCUGGAACCAGAGCAUUGUGCAGCAGCCGGUCUCUUUCCCUGAUCUGGUGCCACUCUACAACAAAUUCUCCCGGAACUUCAUCGCUGACUGUGCCCGAAGAGGCCUCCCCUUCCUGCUCUACUAUGCCUCCCACCAUACACACUACCCCCAAUUUGCAAGCCAGGAGUAUGCGGGGCAGUCACGGCGUGGGCCGUUUGGUGAUGCACUCUUGGAGUUUGAUGGCUCGGUGGGACAGCUGCUGCAGGCACUGCAGGAAAAUGGUCUUGAAAACACGACCUUUGUGUUUUUCACCUCUGACAAUGGCCCUUCCACCAUGCGGAUGGCACGUGGAGGCAGCUCUGGCCUUCUGAAGUGUGGGAAGGGCACAACAUAUGAAGGUGGCAUGCGGGAACCAGCAGUGGCUUAUUGGCCAGGCCAUAUCACUCCAGGAGUGACGCAUGAGCUGGCAAGCACCCUGGACAUCCUGCCAACACUGACUACCCUGGCUGGAGCACCUCUUCCCAAAGUUGCCCUGGAUGGCUAUGACCUGAGUCCAGUGCUGUUUGGGUCAGGGAAGAGUCCCCGUCAGACGAUGUUCUUCUACCCGCCGUCCCCCGAUCCACUGCACGGCCCCUUUGCUGUCAGGCUUGGGAAGUACAAGGCCCAUUACUUCACACAAGGUUCCUUUCACAGUGAUACGACCCCAGACCAGGCCUGCCAUGGGCUGACCCCGCUGACCCCUCACUUGCCCCCACUGCUCUUUGACCUGGAGUCAGACCCAGCCGAGAACUAUGACCUGCUGCAGAGCGGUGCAGGGCCAGAGGUUCUGCAAGUCCUGAAGGAGAUCAAACUGCAGAAAGUGCUUUUUGAACAGCGCAUGGAGUUUGGGGAAAGCCAGAUCAGGAAGGGCGGGGAUCCUGCCCUGCAGCCCUGCUGCGAGGUGGAGAUGCGGCCAGUGGUUGGCAGGCCUGGUCCUCUUGUAAGGUUUGUGGAUGCUGGGGCUGAUCAAUCAGCAUUACGUCGGCUGCUGCGCUGGUGGCGACGAGCCCUCGGUUCUUGCAGCUGCCACGUGCCGCUGGCAGCGAUGGAUUUGCUCCCUCUCCUCGUCCUGCUGGCCGUGUGCUCGCCUGCACAUGGCACGUGGGACAACUGUGGAGGGACCUGCGGGCUCCGGCCCAUGGCUUCUUACUACGGCAUGUCGCGCGUCGUGGGUGGCACAGAUGCCCAGCCAGGGGCCUGGCCCUGGAUCGUCAGCAUCCAGGAUCCCUGGAAAAUAGGCACGGGGCAUAUAUGCGGAGGGUCCCUCAUCAGUGCACAGUGGGUCCUCACAGCAGCCCACUGCUUCAUUCAGGCCAGGCACAUCACGAUGUGGCGUGUGGUGAUCGGGGCCACCCAGUUGACCCAGCUGGGCCCUGAGGCCCAAGUGCGCAACAUCAGGCGGCUACUGGUUCACGAACACUAUAGUAAUAUCUCGGAGAGGAAUGACAUUGCGUUGCUGGAAUUGGACCAGCCUGUCCAGUGCAGCUACUACAUACAGCUUGCCUGUGUGCCCGACGCCUCGCUGAGAGUGUCAGAGCUGACAACCUGCUACAUCAGCGGCUGGGGUUCCACAGCUGCAAGAUCUGGAGGAUCAACUGAUGUCCUGCAGGAGGCCAAGGUCCACCUCAUUGAUGUCAACCUCUGUAACAGCAGCCGGUGGUACAGAGGGGCCAUCCACACCCACAACCUGUGUGCUGGCUAUCCGCAGGGUGGCAUCGACACCUGCCAGGGUGACAGCGGCGGUCCUCUCGUGUGCAAAGAUAACACCUACGACUACUUCUGGCUUGUUGGAGUGACCAGCUGGGGGAAGGGCUGUGCGAGAGCAAAACAGCCUGGAGUCUACACCUCCACUCAGCACUUUCACGACUGGAUCUUGGCACAGAUGGGACUGCGCCCAGCAGUAACAACGGCCACUCCAACGCCACAGCCAGUCUUCACCUCAACCCCCUUUCAGAGGCCAAGGCCAAUACCAACGCAAUCGGGCAGGUUUACGCCCUGCCCAUUUCCACGCCAGAAGCUGGUGGAAUUCUUUAAUCUGCUGCAGGAGCUCCUGCAGGUCCUAAGGGGAAAAAAGGCUUGAGCAGCAGGUUGAACAGGAUCCAGUGUAGGCUGUCGUGUACACAACCGUUUCCUUCUGGGGCAAUGCCUGAUGAUCCAAAGGCAGCCUCAGUGUCAAAGGCCUGCUCUGUCCUGCCCACGCUCCUCUGAAUGUACACAAAUGCUGAAGCUGACUUAGUUCUUGAAAUAAAGUUGCCAAUUUUCACAGCUAGCCAUGCUUCAGUCCAAUUCAGUCUCCUGUGCAAGGCAAGGACUUCCAUGCCUGGCACCUGCAAAAUGAGGCUGCAGGCAGACAAGUAGGGCACAAAGGCGAAGCGUCACUCAAAAGGGCUGAAACCGUGCCUGGUCAGAGAGGAGGGUGAGGGUGCAGUGGAAGAAGGGAACACAGGUCAUAGGUGGCUAGCGGUCUUGGGAACAGCAGUUGGAAACACAAAGUGUCUUAGGCCGGCUAUUUGUGGGAUCCCUCUGAGUGUGUACAAUGCACCAAUGAACUUGAAACUGGACUUUCUCAUGACCCAGGAGACACAGAUCUGGAAAGACCCAAGGUUUGCACCAGUGACUGGGUAAGGGGCUUGACAUCCAGCCACGGAUAUUACAUGGACUUAAUUUCCAUACUGUUAUUUGAGGAAUCUAUGAACAUGCUGUACUUAUGAAUCUAGGGGGUGAAGGUGUGUUUAUGUUUCACUAGUAAACAUCCAAUCUGGAUCAUCUGGAAAGGCAGAAAAGGACUGGGCUGUGUUCAUGUUUAUGUAAGUGGUGGUUACGUAUACAUCGGUGUUGGUAAAGGCAUUGCUCUGUCUAUGUCAAACUGUUUUGCU